GAGCCAGGAGCCGCUCUGGCUGGACAGCGCUGAGCGUAGCGUGGGGCUUUGGCUUUCCAUUGAUGAGGAUGUGUUUCUGAGGCUGAUUGGAGUUGUUUGGUGCAGUUUCCUUGCUCUGUGCCGUUCUGUUUCAGUUCUGAGAAUGAAGAAGUGAGUCCAUCACCGCGGUCAUGGCUGUCCAGACUGGCAUCCAGGUGUGGUUUGGGGAGAAGUUUGACGCCCCCCUGCUGAGCCCCAGGAGCCCUCGCAGCCCGUUAGCACAGCGGCACGGCCCCGGCCUCGCAGAUGUCUUCCAGUACGACCAGUGGCUGGCGGUGCGACAUGAGGCCACCCUGGUGCCCAUGCAGGAGGAUCUGGCCAUCUGGCUCACCGGCAUGCUGGGCGAGGAGGUGAGAGCAGAGUUUUUCAUGGAGGAGCUGAAUAACGGCGUGAAGCUCUGCCAUCUUAUCGGUGUGCUGCAGACUAAGAUCGCCCAGAGCUGCCCCUCCGCACUCGGCAAGCUGUUCCCCACGAGGAAGGUCGCAUGUAAGCGCGACGCCUCCCCGGGUUCCUUCUUCGCCCGCGACAACACAGCCAACUUCCUGGCCUGGUGUCGACACAUCGGCGUGGAGGAGACCUACCUGUUUGAGUCGGAGGGCCUCGUGCUGCACAAGGAGCCUCGGCAGGUCUGUCUCUGCCUGCUGGAGAUCGGCCGCAUCGUCUCCAAGUACGGCGUGGAGCCUCCCGUGCUCGUGAAGCUGGAGAAGGAGAUCGAGCUGGAGGAGACCCUGCUGAUGACGGAGGAGCCCCCUGCGGCCGUCAAAACCUUCAGCGUCUGCUGCCAGCACGGCGGCCUGUACCAGCCUGGAGAGCACGGCAUAGACGACCCGCCCUGCAACUGCUCCAACAGAGUUUCCAUUGAGUACCUGUCUGAGGGACGCUACAGGCUGGGAGACAAGACCAUCUUUAUUCGGAUGCUUCAUGGUAAACACGUGAUGGUGCGUGUGGGCGGCGGCUGGGACACGCUGCGUGGCUUCCUGAUGAAAUACGACCCUCUGCGGGUGCUGCAGUUCACCACUCUGGAGCAGAAGAUCCUGGCCUUUCAGAAAGGCCCCCCUGGCCUGGGAGGUCACCACGGCAACGCGGCUCCACCGCCUCCUCCUGACAUGGACCCCCUCGCCGCCGUCAACAACCUCAUCUCCUCCUCCUCCUCCUCUUCCUCCUCCGCCUCAUCGUCUUCGUCCCUCUCUGGCUCAGCCUGUAAGCAGACGCCUGUGACCGCAGCAGGUCAGAUGGUUCGGUCCUACACCGCCUCUCCGGCCUGCACGCCCACCCUGUCCAGGAAGGGUGUUGCAGCAGCACCCAAGAAGAACCUCCAGAUGACACCUUCCUGCCCCAGGAAACCCACCCAGCUGCCCCUGCCCAUCACCACCAAAGGUUCCUCCUCUUUGCCCUCCACGCCUGUGGGGAGCUCCUCCAAACUGUCUCCCAGCUCAGGGUGUCAGGGUCCGCAGGUCCAUCGCAAAGCUCUGACUCCAUCAGCAUCCCCAUCACCUGUCACCGCAGAUCCAAGCCCCGCCUCCAAACCGAAGCUCAGACCGUCACCACGCUGUGCCACCUCUCAGCCCAGGAGCCCCGUCUGCCCCGAGCCGUCCUCCAAAUGCCCCAAACCCUCCAGCCCCUGCACAUCUCCCACCGCUACUGUGCCUUGCCCCGUCACUGCACCAGUGCAGGCCCCCACCCCAAAGGAUGCCCGGCCCCCAUCGGGCGCCAGCCAGCGCUCUCGCCUCGCACAACGCCGCCCCGGCUCCCCAGCCUCACGCCUCCGUCUAGAGGCAGCCAGGCGAGCUCGGACAGCCACACGAGCCGCGGUGACACCAGCUCCGAGGGCAGCGACUCCACAGUCCCGAACCCCGACUCCCAGCUCACGGACAGCGUCCCCGGCGCUGCCGAAACCUGCCUGCUCUCUGCCAAAGGGCAAAGAGACCACAGCCAAAGCCAAGGGGCUGGCCACGACCAAGGCUGCCCUUCCUACCCCUCCACGAGGUACCACUGUUGUCCCUGGGCGGGUCCCAGGGUGCAACAUGGGUCCCUCUCCCUCCAGCAAAGCCAAUCAGAAACCACCAGGUGCAGUUCAGAUGACGGGUCGAAAACAAGCAGCUGCGGCUAACCCCGCCAACACAAAGUCAGCUCUAAAGCCUGAAACGUCUCCAGGACAAACCCUGGCCCCUCAGAAGUCCAGCCCCAACGUCAGGGCAGUUAAAGCCGAGUCCAGCAUCGGCAAGAAGACCCCACAGUGCAAGGGCAGAAGUGAGGACCCUUAUUUUGAAAUGAACAGUAGGAGGAAGCAGAAGACGUAACCGGGCAGUCUUCUGGAAGACAGGCUGGUGACGCAGCUUCUCUCCACCAACCAGCACUUGUUAAACUCAGACUCUUCAAAUAAAUCACUGUCGUCACUAAUCGUCAUGAAAAAGCUUCUCACUUUAGACCAUUUUCUUGGUCUGCAAAUUUAUUUUUGUUCUUAUUUUUGUUUUUUCUUUUUUUUUUGGGGUGUUAUUUAAUAGUCUUUUAUUUUUUAAUUUUUAAUCCAAAAGGGUCAAAGAUGUCAUGCUCUGUUUUGUCUUUGUGAUGAAUUGAUGGUCUUUUUUUCUGAGAGUUCAGCUCCAUGAACCCGAUGAACAUGAAAACUUGCACAGUGUUUACAUGUCCACGUUCGUUACCUGUACAGACGUUACAAGCUAUUUGUCUGAACGGACUUUUAAAGAACAAACAUUGUAGGAAAAUCAGUUUGAAUCAGAUGUUGAACUCAAAGCUUUUACUUAGCUCAGAGUGAGGUCACAGGACAGAGCCAUGACUUUUCUUCGCGGCGAAGCAGCUUGUGUGUCUCAUUUUCUCUGACGUGCUUCCAAAGUUGUGCAUUUUUGGAAGUUCAGAGAUACAACUGGAACACAAAUCACGGUUUCGGAUUCUUUUUUUUUUUUUCUCCCCAGUGAGAAAACACUUUCCACUGAUGGAUAGUCAGGUCUAAUGCUUUGGACUGAUUUUUGUAUAAAUGAUAUCUUGGUGGGACAUUGAUCUCGAUGGCGCCGUGUGAAGCGUCAUCAGGAAACGAUCCUUCCUGUCGCGUGCCUUCGUCAGAAAUCUCAUGUUUCUGAAUGGCAUUAGAAUGUAUUAGAUGAUCGGGGGGUGUUGGUGGGGGUGAGG